AUUCGCCGGUGGACGUACGGUAGUCGAAAAGAGGAGACGCAAGUUCGAGGCGCCGUGGUCGCGGGGCGUAUCCCAAAAAUCGUGGGGGAAAACGGGCCUGAUUCGGUCAAGCAAACUACGCGAUACUCUGUGCGUCGUGUUUUGUCGCAUUCCGUGAGAGAAUCACGGGUGUGCGCGAAAAGCAGUGCAAGUGAGAACAAGUUGGAAGGUGAGGGCAACGUCAAGUUGAAGGGAGAUCGAUUUGACACGACAACCACCGAGCUGAUUCAGCUUCGCGUACGAUGUCGUAUCGGUUUGUAACAAUUGUUUACAGAACGACGGGAACCUGGAUCUAAACGCGCCUCACGAUCAGUAUCCAAGUGACAAGCGCGGAAUCUUUUUUAUUAACGUUGAUCGCCUCACUGUGAAUCACUGCCAAUGUGCAACUCGGCCGACGCUUCUUUCGUACAAAAGCUAGGUUAUCUGCAUAUCGGAGAUGAACCCAGUGACGCCGGCGGUGCAACGGGUAUCGGCAGGGUCACAGGAUCACGACCCGAGGCUCAAGUACCCGUGUCUAGGAACACCGUUAGCAGGAACGAUGCUAGAGGGCCUGGUAGACCAGUCGGUGCUAUCGAAAGUUUCAUUGAAGGCAACUCUGAAAGCUGCAGACAACCAACGACAACUGAUUAUAAAUUGUAUGAGCGUGAAAAUAUUAUAGCUGCAUCGAGAUUUGCUACACCAAAACCUGUGGAGCAGAUAAGUGCUCAACAACAACAACAACAACAACAAAAUCAAAGUCGUAUAAGUCAUCAGCAAGCACCGGUGUAUGAGAAUAUUGAUUAUUAUUCACAGCAGAGUCAACCUCAUCCGCCGUAUUAUCAUCCAGUGGAAUCUAGAAAAAGUCCUAAGAGUAGCCCCAGGGGCUCCUUAGCAAGUGAAUCUUAUGAACCCACUUUUAGAAAAGCACAACCACAAGUGCCCACUGGAAAUCGAUAUCAAUCUGUGUCACCGGGAAAAGAGUUGCCUCCUUACGAAGCACCUCCAGUUUAUGAAAAUAUUCAAGAGGUGCAUUAUCCAGAGAAUCCACAAAAUAAGCCAGGUCCUCAAGUUCCACCUAAUUAUUAUCACCCUGCAACCAUAAAUGGUGGUGAUUAUGUUGUCAUGACUGGAAAAGUGGGUCAAAUACAAAAUCAACGCGGUAUGACACAAAGUUUAUCUUAUACACAACAGAGGAGUAGCAACAUUCGUGGUCAAAGUUAUGAUGGCUCAAGCUUACAACGUUCUGUGGAUUCUUCCACAUCAAGGUACUUACAAGGAUCUUCUUCUUCAUUGGAUCAUCAGGCUGGCAGAAGUGCUUAUGUUCCACCAUCUGAAUUACAAACACCAACCAGAAAUUUCAGUUAUAGUGCUGAACAACAACAACAACAACAUUCUCCUAGAUCUGGACUCCCUUACCAUAGUGAAUCUCCACCAAUUCGUUUACCCCCAGAACCACAUCACUAUCGUGGUUCUUUGGACAGUACAUUGAGUGGACAACAUGGAUUCAGGGCAACAAAUCAUAUUGAAAGUGCACAACAGUCACAGUACCGUCAAGAUAGUCCUCAAAAUUAUAAACCAUACAUGGAAUCAAAUACAAGAACUGCAAAUCCAAACAUAUCUGGGGAGAAUCAGGCCAGGAAUUCACCAGUGUACGGUGUAAGGCAGGGAGAACAACCUGUUUGUAGAAAUUCACCUUGUUAUUCUCCCAGUAGAGUAUUAUCACCAAGUGAGAGAAACUAUCACCAUCAAGAACCUAGAUCAGAAUUUCCUGCCAGAAAUUCCCCAAUCUAUUCUUCCAAUAGAUCAACAGAGCACAUAAGACUAAGUAAUCUUCAGAAUGAUAGAAACUUUAUUCAGGAUAUACCUGAUCCGUCUGAAAUAAAAACAUCACCAGUGUAUUCACCCAGUCGUAUUGAUUCCUCCAGAAUUAUUGCUAACAGUAAUAGUGUGAGGGGUUCUCCAAAAACGAGUCCAACUCUUAAUCAAGUGUCAUCUGAUACAGUCGCACAGAAUAUGAUUAAUUCACCACGACAUGUAUCAUCAUCUUCCUCAAAUAACACCAUUGGAAGUCCUGUACGUGGUCAAGUACAAGCACCAGUGACGAGUGCUAUAACUGCUGCUACUGAAUCUGAUUUAAAUAUCCAUGGCCCUAGAAUCACUAGUCUUCCUCCAGGGGUGACUAGUGGUGUGGCUGGUCCAGUGUUUUUGAAUGCCGGCGUACCCGUGUUACAAAGGCCAUCUGAACCAGAACCAGAAGAAAGGAAGUCAGUUAGUCCACCAAUUAAACCUACAACAGGGAAGGGACUGCUGCCCUACAAUGUUAUACCGCCUAGACCUUCAGGACCCACCGAAGCGGAAAGAAAAAUAGAAGAGUUGACAAGGCAACUGGAAGAGGAAAUGGAGAAACAGGAAGAGGAAGGAGAAUACUUCGGUAUUUGUCACACAUGCGGUGAGAAAGUAACCGGAGCCGGCCAGGCCUGCCAAGCCAUGGGCAAUCUUUAUCACACCAAUUGCUUUAUAUGCUGUUCCUGUGGUAGAGCAUUGCGUGGUAAAGCGUUCUACAAUGUCCACGGGAGGGUUUACUGCGAGGAAGAUUAUUUGUACUCUGGCUUUCAACAAACGGCCGAGAAAUGCGCAAUCUGUGGACACCUGAUUAUGGAAAUGAUUUUACAAGCAAUGGGAAAAUCGUAUCAUCCAGGGUGCUUUAGGUGUUGUGUCUGUAACGAGUGCCUUGACGGUGUACCUUUCACAGUCGAUGUGGACAAUAAAAUCUACUGUGUCAAUGACUAUCACAGAAUGUUCGCGCCGAAAUGUGCCUCUUGUGGCAAGGGGAUCACUCCUGUCGAGGGGACUGAGGAAACUGUGAGGGUUGUUUCGAUGGACAAAGAUUUUCAUGUGGAUUGCUACGUAUGCGAAGAUUGCGGUAUGCAACUCACCGACGAACCGGACAAACGAUGCUACCCACUCGACGGCAGGCUCAUGUGUCGUGCGUGCCACAUCCAACGCAUAUCCCACACGCAACCUAGGGCACCACAGCCAGUAUCAGCUAGUUAUCAAUUUAUGGGAUAA